AGGCUUGUAUGCUCCACAGGAAACCUUGAUAAGUACAUAUUUAGAGAAUAGUUUAUAACCGGUUCUGUAGCUCUUGUUGGUGAGGCCAUAAAUGAUGAAAUUCACCGCGCUAUUGGUAUGAAACAUGUGUCCAAAGAUGGCAUACCAAAAAAGCGGGAGUUUGUCAUUCCAAUCAAAAACACAAACAAACGCAUAAGGGCCACACAAUAUGCAAUAAAUUGCGAACAUUAUAAACAGCAUGCGGGCCAGUCUGAUGUCACUACUAGUGCCCUGAUUCGUGUCCUUUUUCUUAUUGAACGCCUGGAUUCUCUUCUGGGAUUUCCGUACCUUCAGAAAAAUCAAAAGAUAUGCGAGUGCUGUUACACUGACGGGUAUAAGAACGGCAAAUAUGGCAAUACUAACAAUGUAGCUGAAGUCAUCGUGCCGGUUGUACAAACACGUGAAUUGUUUCCUUUCAAAGCUGACACUGUUCCAUCCAGUCCAAAGGAAAAUAUUCCACACAAAGCCACUAAACCAGGCUGCCAUGAUCAUAACUGUAACUGAUU